CAGCAGCACUCUUCAGAUUUCACAUUUCACUUUGAAACUGAACCAGCUUUUCUCCUCGUUGCUUCUCUCAAUCCCCUGAGCCACCUGCAAAGGAUAACUAUGACUACUGAAAUGGUCAUGGUUGAUGAAAUCCCUUUUCCUCCACAAAUCACAACUAUCAAGCCACUAUCCCUUUUUGGUCAUGGAAUUACCGACAUUGAGAUUCAUUUUCUCCAAAUCAAGUUUACAGCAAUUGGAGUUUACCUUGAACCUGAAGUUGUAGGACACUUACAACAAUGGAAGGGCAAGCCUGGAAACGUGCUAGCAGAAGAUGAUGACUUCUUUGAGGCCCUUAUUAAUGCUCCAGUGGAGCAAUUUCUGAGAGUUGUGGUGAUUAAGGAGAUCAAAGGCUCUCAAUAUGGAGUGCAACUAGAGAGCGCUGUGAGGGACAGAUUGGCAGCUGUUGACAAAUACGAAGAGGAAGAGGAAGAAGCCUUGGAGAAAGUUGUUGAAUUCUUUCAGUCUAAAUAUUUCAAGAAGAAUUCAAUCGUCACAUACCAUUUUCCAGGAAAUUCAGGCACUGCUGAGAUAGCAUUUACCACCGAAGGAAAGGAGGAUGCCAAAAUCAAAGUGGAGAAUGCUAAUGUGGUUGAGAUGAUAAAGAAAUGGUACUUGGGAGGAACAAGGGGAGUGUCUGCUACUACCAUAGCCUCCUUAGCUAAUGCCCUAUCUGCCGAGUUAUGCAAAUGAUUGUAUGCUGUCUAAUUAUGAGUUCACAGGCUUCUCUAGAAGGUUGUCUAAGAAUGAGCCUGCUUGUUGUGCUUCUGUACCAAUAAAUUAUGAUAUGCAAGUUGGUUAGAGUUGAGUUUUGCCAAUUGAGAACUCAAUUUCCUUGAAUCCCAAGAUUGAAUGAAACAAACAAAAAGGAUUUUAAGAGAAUUUGAUUUCAUCU